AAAUCAGCCCGCGGAGGUAAGGUAAAGCUGCUCCCCUCAAUUUUGCUCCUCAUGUGACCAUCACCAUGCAUCCUCUCAGCAGCCUCCAAACUGAACGCGAACUUGAUCUACCUAAUCAUCAAUCUACCAAACCUCAAAGAAGCUCUUGAUUUCCUCCUGAUGGUUGGUAUUUCAGCUUCUUUAACAAAGCCGCUAUCAAACGGCUGAACACGAGCUACGGUACGUCAUUCACUCACGCCUCCCCUGCAUCUGAAUGAGUUCCCAUCCGUCGCUAUCCUCCUAUCUAUUGGAACGAGUUCCCCAGCUUAUCGUCUGACCUGCGCGGCCUGAGCUCGCCCAGGCCCCGACCAACCAGGCAGCCACACGCAGAGCACCGGGCACCAGCAGCAGCCAGCCGGUGGCGUAAGCCAUGAGAGCCGCCGCCGCCGCCCUCGCCCUCCGUAGACUAAUCCACCAGCAGAGCGGAAGCUGCUGCGUCAGAUCGCAGCUGCAGGAUCGGCCCCGCCAUUACUUUAAUCCCCACUUGGAUUACUCUAACCAUGCCGCCCGAGCUCGCGCGCUACUGAAUUCCUCGCCCACGCCAUGCCGUCCGCGAUGGUCGUCGCCCCCGUCCGCGGCAUCCCUCCUGUUCUCCAGCCUCUCGGGGAUGGAGGAGUCGGAGGCGGAGGAGGUGCUGGAUUUGGAGGCCGGCACGGUGCGGUGCGCGGCGAACUACGCGCCGCUGUCGCCGAUCAGCUUCAUCGAGCGCGCCGCGGCCGUGUACGGGGCCCGCGCCGCCGUGGUGUACGGGGAGCGGCGGCACACGUGGGCGGAGGCGAGGGACCGGUGCGCCCGCGUGGCGGCCGCGCUAGCCACCCGCUUCGGCGUCGCGCGCCGUGAUGUGGUCGCUGUCCUCAGCCCAAACGUGCCGGCGAUGUACGAGCUGCACUUCGCCGUGCCCAUGGCCGGCGCGGUCCUCUGCACGUUCAACACGCGGCACGACGCGGCCAUGGUGUCCGCCCUGCUCAAGCACUCCGGCGCCAAGGUGUUCCUCGUCGAGUCGCACCUCCUCGACGUCGGGAGAGCCGCGCUGAAGCGCCUCGCCGACUCCAGCGCCGCCGCCCUCCCGGUUCUCCUCACCAUCUCGGACGACGCCGAGUCCGACGACUACGAGGAUCUCGUCAGGAACGCCCCCGCGCGGUUCGACAUCCGGUGGCCGGCGGACGAGCUGGACCCGAUCUCGCUCAACUACACGUCCGGCACGACGUCGCGGCCCAAGGGCGUGGUCUACAACCACCGCGGCGCGUACCUCAACACCAUCGCCACCGUCCUCGCGUACGACAUCACCGCCAUGCCCACCUACCUGUGGACCGUGCCCAUGUUCCACUGCAACGGCUGGAACCUCCCGUGGGGCGUCGCGAUGCAGGGCGGCACCAACAUCUGCCUCCGCCACUUCACGGCCAAGGUCAUCUUCGACAGCAUCGCGCGCCACGGGGUCACGCACAUGGGCGGCGCUCCGACGGUGCUCAACAUGAUCGCCAACGCGCCGGCCGCGGACCGCAAGCCGCUGCCGGGGCCCGUGCGCAUCAUGACGGGCGGGGCGCCGCCGCCGCCGCGCGUCUUGCUCGCGGUGGAGGAGCUCGGCUUCGUGGUGUACCAAAUCUACGGCCUCACGGAGACGUACGGCCCGGCGACCGUCUGCACGUGGAUGCCGGAGUGGGACGCGCUGCCGGCGGAGGAGCGCGCGCGGCUGAAGGCGCGGCAGGGGUUCCACCACAUCGCGGUGCAGGGCGUCGACGUCAAGAACCCGGACACGAUGGAGAGCGUGGCGUACGACGGGCAGACCGUGGGCGAGGUGAUGUUCCGAGGCAACACCGUGAUGAGCGGGUACUACAAGGACCUCAACGGGACGAAGGAAUCGAUGGCCGGCGGGUGGCUGCACACCGGGGACCUCGCCGUGCGGCAUCCGGACGGGUACAUCCAGCUCAAGGACCGGGCCAAGGACAUCAUCAUAUCGGGUGGCGAGAACAUCAGCUCGAUCGAGGUGGAGUCGGUGAUCUUCAGCCACCCGGCGGUGCUCGAGGCGGCGGUCGUGGCGAGGCCAGACGACCACUGGGGCGAGACGCCGUGCGCGUUCGUGGAGCUCAAGGACGGCGCCAGUGCCACGGAAGCCGAGAUCAUUAGCUUCUGCCGGGAGAGGCUGCCACACUACAUGGCACCAAAGACGGUGGUGUUUGAGGAUCUGCCCAAGACUUCGACGGGGAAGACGCAGAAAUUUGUCCUCCGGGAUAAGGCCCGGGCUAUGGGCAGCCUGACAAAGACCGCCAAUAGCAAAUUGUGAGGUCAUUGUUUGCCUGAUUCAAACAUUCUUUUUUUUCCCCUGUUGUAUGAUUGUACUAUAUUUUAUCUGGAGAUCGCGACAUUGUUGAACUUGCAUGAUGUUUAGCUGAUGGCGAA